CCAUAUGCUUUUAGUAGAACAAUAUCAAUGAACUUUUCUUGAUCAGUUAUAAUAAAGUCUGUAGAGAAGAUUAUAUACAUUGAAGAAGAAAAAAGAAAAGAAAAAUGUCUAUUACUGGGAAAGUUGAGGCUCACAUUGAAAUGAAAGCUGCAGCUUCGAAACUUCAUGAAAUGAUUGUAAAGAGACCACACCAUAUAUCCAAUGCUUCUGGAGACAAAAUACAAGGCUGCCGUUUGCACCAAGGUGAAUGGGGAAAAGUUGGUUCUAUUGUCUAUUGGGAUUACUUUCAUGAUGGAGAGGCAAAGGUGGGAAAGCAUGUAAUCGAAGCAGUUGAUGAGGAGAAGAACAUGGUCGUUUACAAAGUGCUAGAAGCAGACCUUCUAAAGAAUUAUAAAGACUUCAGGUUUAUAAUGCAAUUUACUCCAAAAGGAGAAGGAAGUAUAGCUCAUUGUACAUUAGAAUAUGAGAAAUUGCAUGGAAAGGUUCCUGAUUCACAUUCCAUGCUUAAGUUAUGUGAAGAAGUUUGCAAAGAUCUUGAUGCUCACCUCAUGGAAGGCAACUAAUGAGAACUCAACUCAAUGGAUUUUUAUUCUAUGCUAUGUAUUAAUUAUUAAGCACUAUACUCUAUGUUUUUACAAAUAAUAUUGCUUGUAGUAAGCAUGUGUAUGUUAUCUUCAUGUAUGAGAAAAUAUUUAAUAAUCCUUUGAAAUAUUUUAAAAUGUAACCAUAUACUCAUAUAUAUUGGUUGGACAAUAAAACUACUAUUUGCAUUAUGUUUAC